UCGAAUAGUCGCAUAUCCUCUCUCUAACACUCUCUCUCUCUAUACCUUUCUCCUUGUGUACUUCCCAACGAGCGAAGAAAAGAACAGAAGGAGAAUUAUACUCCAAAACCCUAGGCCCAUCCUUUGCUUCCCAAACACCCACAUAAUCAUCACUCAAUCUUCACAUAAUUCAUACGCACAUACGUAUAGGUAUUUGUAGACAAAGGAAUUUGAUCGGCGUCCUAGUGAUUUACCACUCGGAAAUGGCGACGUCGAAGCUUAUGGCUUCUUCUUCAACCUCGCAGACUUCUGAUAUCCGGCGGAAAGCAUCGCCCUCUUCUUCGUCCACGACUUUGCCGGCCUUUUUUCACAAUCAGCAAUAUGCAUCAAAGAGCCAAGGCGAUGAUAGCAAUCCGGAUUCGAAUUUGAUGACUCUCGACAGAUUCUUAGAGAAUGUGUAUGCGGAUGAUCAAGCGGCGGCGGGUGGCGCUCUUCUGAGUGCUGGAAUUGCGCGGCGGGAUGUCGCCGGAGAUACUGAGCCGGUCGGCGAGUCGCCGGCCAAUGCGCCUGUGGUGCGGAAGACGGUGGAAGAUGUUUGGAGGGAGAUUGUGGAGGGGAAAAGGCUGCAGCAGAAGGAGGCGCCGACUGUGGAGUGUAAGGAAGAGGAAAUGGAUGAAAUGAUGACCCUAGAGGAUUUUCUGGUGAAGGCUGGGGCUGUUGAUGAACCUGCAGUGGCGGCCGGGCAUGGGGAGGUGAAGAUUGAGCCAGAUGGGGAGAGGUUUAGUGGGGGGAGUUUUAUGUUUGAUAGUCCAAUCCUAGGUACUCCUCAGCAUAGCAUGGAGGAUGUGGUUGGAUUUGGGAAUGUAAUGGAGGCAAGUGGAUCAGGGAGGGCGAAGAGGAGAGCCAUUUUGGAACCCUUGGAUAAAGCUGCCCUGCAAAGGCAACGGAGGAUGAUCAAGAAUAGAGAGUCUGCAGCAAGGUCAAGAGAGCGAAAACAGGCCUAUCAAGUUGAACUAGAGUCCAUGGCAGUAAAGUUAGAGGAGGAGAAUGAGCAGUUAUUGAGAGAACAGGCUGAGAGGACUAAAGAACGGUUCAAACAGUUAAUGGAGAAAGUGAUCCCAGUUACGGAGAAGCGAAGACCACCUCGAGCCCUACGACGAGUUAACUCAAUGUAGUUGUAAUAGGCAAAUGAUGCAAAGAUAUAAUGGAGACUGACUGCAUCCCUUUCUUGAGAACUUGGAGAAGGUAAAAGUAUGGCUGUCUAGAAAACUUCAAUCACCCAGAUUUUUGGUGGGUGGCUAGUCUUCAAGGCAGCAGUAAUAGUAAGUGGUGUAAAAUAUAGCAGCUUUUCAGAAUCAGGACAGCAAUAAUAUAAAUGUCAUGAAUGAGAUAGAUGUAGUGUUUAUAUAUAUCACCUUCCCAAAUUUAAUGGGAUAUCUAUUAUUUACCAGAUAUAUAUACAUCACUUCCCCAGAGUUAUAUGUGAGGGGAUGAAGGUCCAGACUAACAUGCUGUACUAUUUUUGUUAAUAGUGUAGGGUACCUUUUAUUAUUCACAA